UCAGUACGAUCAGACUCAUUAGGUUAAUUUUACAGAUAUUAUAUUUAUUUUUCAAAAAGUACAAUAAUCGAAAUUAACAAUAAAAUGACAACGUUGAAACAAGUUCCUCUCACAUGUGGUGGCCAUACUAGACCAGUUGUUCAUUUGGAUUUUAGUGACGUUACAAGUGAUGGAUUUUAUUUGAUUUCGGCCUGCAAAGAUGGCAAGCCCAUGUUGCGACAAGGUGAGACAGGUGAUUGGAUUGGAACUUUCGAGGGUCACAAAGGCGCCGUGUGGGGGGUAGCUUUGACACAAAAUGCAAACUUAGCAGCUAGCGGAGCAGCUGAUUUUACAGCCAAAUUAUGGGAUGCUCGAUAUGGUGAAGUGGUCCAUACAUUUGACCAUGAACAUAUUGUUAAGAGCGUAAACUUUAAUGCUGAUGAUACUCUGCUGCUCACAGCUAGUAAUGAGAAACUAAUACGGGUUUUUGACCUCAACAAACCAGAAGCGGGAGCUUUGGAAAAGUUCAGUGCACACACAAACAGCAUCAGACACGCCGUGUUCCUAAACAACUCCCGCAUCGUCAGCGUCAGCGAUGACCUCACAAUGCGUGUCUGGGACAGGAGUAGUGGGCAGGAAGUCAAUAAAAUAGAAUUUCCUACAAUACCCAAUAGCUUAGAACUGUCAAGAGAUGGCGCAAUACUCACAGUGGCACAUGGUACAAACGUAUCAUUCUACUCAUCGGACACAAUGCGCAAGAUGCGGGAGUUCAGUGUACCAACUGCCUGCUACUCCGCCUCGCUGGCACCUGGCCGCGCCACCUUCGUCUGCGGGGGCGAGGACCUGAAGGUCUACAAGUUUGACUACAACACCGGCACUGAAUUAGAAUCAAACAAAGGGCACUUCGGUCCGGUGCAUAUCGUGCGGUGGUCUCCUGACGGAGAGUUGUACGCGACUGGUUCGGAGGAUGGUACGGUACGGCUGUGGCAGGGCGUACCAGGACGUGUAUACGGUCUGUGGCGUCGCAGUCAUGAACCCGCUCCCCUCGCUAACGGGUACAAGGAGCUCGCCGCCAACUGACACCACGGACACUAUAGCGAUGAGGAGCAGUGAGCAGUGAGUGUGCAAUGUGAACUGAGCACUAUGUGUUGUGCUAAGCGCAGUUUAGUGAGCCCCUGGCGAUUCUGACGUUACAGCGCCGGCGCUGCCUAACAUUGUCGGACCCUGUUUGUGUUUUUUUUUAUUGCAAUACCAAUUUUUUAUACUCAAAACAACAUGUAUUUAUUGUAAAAAGAAAUUAAUGAAUGAUGAUAAUAAUAAUGUGCAACAAAACAAAAUAAUAA